AUGGAAGAUAUUGGUUCGGCCCACGAGAUGUUGCGGUUUGGCCCAGUAAACUUCAUACGCUCAACCGGUUUGUCCGUGCACUCUCCGGUUCGUCAUUUAUCUUGUGAAAGGAUGUUGGCUCGUCACUUCUUCAUGGGCGAGCUGACUGUUAAUUGGUUCGGCACGGAUUUUGCACGAUGUUUCGUACGAACUUCGCACGAAAAGGGUCAACGACCAGCUAAAACGCUCUUUCACUCUUUGGCUCGUCGGUCUGUCGACGAGCUGCGAAACGGGUUCGGCACAGAACUAGCACAUGAUUCGGCUCGGCACGAUAUUUGCACGGGAGAUGGGGUGAAAACCGACCCCAACAACAACCAGAAGAAAGCCAUCGCUCAUCUUAAAGACAUGCAGAGGAGAGAGAUGAUCCAUGAUUUGUUCAUUUACACGAUCAUGAUUAACACCAAUGGCCGGAAGCAAGCCAUUGCUCUUUUUAAAGAAAUGCAGAGGGGAGGAAUCAAACCUGAUGUGGUAAAGUACACAGUUUUGCUCAAUAACAUUCCAAAGCGGGAUACGAAGACGGGAAUGGAAGCAUGUGAUGUUCAACCAGACGUUUUCUACUACAGGGUUCUGAUUGAUCACCAAUGCAAGAUUGGUUACAUAUUCAAUUAUUUCGACCAACUAUGA